AAUAAUGCUUGUAGGAAGAAGAAUAUCCUGGGUAGAAGAAAUUGCAUGCGCAAAGGCCCUGUGGGACAGAGCUCACAGCACUGCACCAAAGCACCAGCCUAUGAGAGUGAAUGUCAACUAAAAUCCCAUUGUUCUGCAUUAGCUGAGCUGUUCUCUGGCAAAAGGCAGAGACAACCUGAAUAAUUAGCUACAUUUUCCUUUGCAAAAAACAUGAGCCUACUAACCAAUUUUUUACUAACCAAGCUGUAGGCACAUGAGGUACAUCAUUUCAGAGGUGAGAGCUUUCCCUUAGAUCCACCAACACACUGUAGAGACAACCAGUGGCUCUGCUGAGGGAGGCAAGAUUUAGUGGGUUAGAGGGAGUUUGUGUGAUUGGAGGAUGGUGAAUCAGAGGAGAACAGACUGGAUCAGACAAGACUGGAGAUGAAGCAGCUGAUAAAUUGGCUUGUGCAAGAGAUAGAGGAAGAGAUGAAAGAAGUAAUGAUUAAUAUGUUAGUGGAAGUUGUGUGGAUUGGACAGAGAUGAGAUGUUUAGUUGUGGAAUUUUGGAUGCACAGAAUGUGGUGGAGGGGAGAGUUAGAGAAAUUAUGGGUGAAGCCAAGGUUUGGAGUCAGCAACUAGCUUGAGGGUGGUGCCAUUUAAGGUAGAAACAAAUAGCUUUCAGGAAUAAGCAGUGGUACAUUAGCAAUUUGGAUUAAAAAAUAUAAACUUCUGCCGCUAAAAUAUUUGAAAACCUAUGAGUUAUAUUGGAUUAACUGUACACAUGACUAAGUGCUAUACGGAUGCACCAAUAGAUUUUAGAAUGACUGUUCUAUUUAUUUUGGCAUUUUUAAAUUUUUUUUUGUCAAUGUCCAGGUUAUUGUUGACAUUGUCAUCAUUACUCUGUCACUGCUCCAGAAAUCACAAAGCACUGCAAAGAGGUGGAGGAAGUGAAUGGCACAGAGAAGACUGAGUUCUUCCUCCUGGGAUUUAGUGACCACCCAGAACUUCAGAGGCUUCUUUUUGCUGUGUUCUUUUCCAUCUACUCCGUGACUCUCAUGGGGAACCUUGGGAUGAUUUUAUUAAUCACAAGCAGUUCCCACCUGCACACCCCUAUGUACUUUUUCCUCUGCAUAUUGUCCUUCAUAGAUGCAUGCUACUCUUCUGUCAUUGCUCCCAAAUUACUGGUGGACUUGGUUUCUGAUAAGAAGACAAUUUCUUACAAUAGCUGUGCUACACAGCUCUAUUUUUUCUGUUUGUUGGUUGAUACAGAAUCUUUCCUCUUGGCUGCCAUGGCUUAUGACCGGUACAUAGCAAUCUGCAACCCACUGCUUUAUACUGUUAUCAUGUCCAGGAGAAUUUGUGGCCAGUUUGCAAUGGGAGCUUUUUUGGGGGGCACCAUGAGCUCAAUUAUUCAUACCACUAACACCUUCCACCUCUCUUUCUGCUCCAGAGAAAUUAACCAUUUCUUUUGUGAUAUCUCCCCAUUAUUUUCACUGUCCUGCACUGACACAUAUAUGCAUGACAUUGUUCUAGUGGUCUUUGCUAGUUUGGUUGAAGCUAUCUGUCUUUUAACAGUUCUUCUCUCAUAUGUCUUCAUCAUAGCAGCCAUUCUUAAGACAGGUUCUGCCGAGGGAGGAAAGAAAGGCUUCUCCACUUGUGCCUCCCACCUGAUCGUUGUCACUAUCUACCAUGGUACCUUGAUCUUCAUUUAUUUGCGCCCCAGCACAGAUCAUUCACUGAAUGUCGACAAAGUGGCCUCUGUGUUCUAUACAUUGAUAAUACCUAUGUUGAAUCCCCUGAUUUAUAGUCUAAGGAACAAGGAUGUCAAAAAUGCCUUUAGAAAACUUAUCAGUUGAAAAUUGCUUUCUUAAGAAAGGAAGAAAUAAGACUUGAAAAUGUUUCAACAGUGCCUGUUUCUUGGACUAUGGUUAGAAUGUUGGAGAUAUUAAGUUCAAUAUGGAUGUUCUCCAAAUUUGCUGGUUAUUAGAUCUCAGCCAGAGAAUAGGUCAGGUACUAACAUCAGAACUGGCCCUCUCAUAUCACUUGUAAUUAUGUCUAUCUCUGCCAUUUUAAAGUGCAAUUUGUAAUAUUAUUUCUGGAACAGGUUUACCCUUCAUUUUAUCUCUUAUAUUUCAUGUCCUUACUCCUUUCC